AUCAACGGCACCUCGAGGCGGGGCGUCCAGCGGUGUACCUCGGCGGGAGGCGGACGGACGACUUCCGGCAAUAAUUGGACGCUGCAGCUUGGUAAGGUUGGUGGCUGCCUCGUCGGAAAGGGACCAGCAGGAGAACUAUGCCAUUUCUGGGUCAGGACUGGAGAUCCCCUGGAUGGAGCUGGAUUAAAACUGAGGAUGGGUGGAAAAGAUGUGAUUCCUGUAGCCAAGAACUCCGAAACGAGAGUAACCAGUACACCCUCAACCACAGCAUUAUCUUAAAUAAUGGCGAAGAAGAAAUAUUCAACAGCGAGUGUGAGUAUGCAGCCAAGAAGAGGAAGAAGGAGCAUUUCGGAAACGACACAGCCGCUCACAGUUUUUAUCGUGAGAAAUGGAUCUAUGUUCAUAAAGAAAGCACAAAAGAAGUAAAAGUGGGCUUUGCUCUGUCAAUCUGUGGCUUGUUGGUAUUUGUUUCAGUUCUUGAUGACCAUCAGAACCCUCGCCUCAUCAAAGACCUUCUCCAGGACUUGAGUUCUACCCUCUGCAUCCUCGUCCGAGGGGUGGGGAAGUCAGUGCUAGUGGGAAACAUCAACAUUUGGAUCUGCCGCUUGGAAACUGUUCUCAACUGGCAGCAACAGCUACAGAAUCUUCAGAUGACUAAGCAGGUGAACUCUGGCCUCACACUCAGUGAUCUGCCCUUGCACAUGCUGAACAACAUCCUGUACCGUUUCUCAGACGGCUGGGAUAUUGUCACCCUGGGCCAGGUGACACCAACCCUGUACAUGCUCAGUGAAGACCGGCGGCUGUGGAAGAAACUAUGUCAGUACCACUUUGCAGAGAAGCAGUUUUGUAGGCACUUGAUCCUUUCAGAGAAAGGUCACAUCGAGUGGAAGCUGAUGUACUUCACCCUGCAGAAGUACUACCCCACUAAAGAGCAGUAUGGGGACACCCUCCAUUUCUGUCGCCACUGCAGCAUUCUCUUCUGGAAGGACUCGGGACACCCCUGCACCGCGGCUGACCCCGACAGCUGCUUCACGCCUGUGUCCCCUCAGCACUUCAUUGACCUCUUCAAGUUUUAAUGGUGCCCUCAGCCCUGGACCCUCGUCCACAGUUGUCCCUUGUGCUUUCUGUGCGUCUUGUAGUUGGUGUGAGUGUUCUGUGACACAAAUGACAGGGUCUGUGGCUGGCUGUGCCUGUGUGAGGACCCGGAAGACGCUCUGGCGGUCCUGCGGCACCGUAAGAGUGGAGACCACAAAGCCAUUUGUACUUCUUUCUUGAAACUCUUCCAAGCAAAUGCAUUUGCAGUUUUGUAUAUUUUUAAAUAUGGAUCAGAGAAAGUUGUGGAUAUUCAGCCCCACGUCCUGUGCUGAACUGACAUGAACAACGGGGUUAUGCUCCUUAGUUGUCUGAUGAGUUAUCCGUCGUCUCGUAAUUGGGAUGAAGGGCAGAACAGUUGAACCUUGUAAAUACGUUAUGCAGAAUAUUUAUUUUUCUUAAAAUGUAUUUUCACAACCUCUGUGGCUGUGCCCAAAUGAUUCCUCACUGAACACAAGAUAAGCCGAGGAACUUGCUUGGCAUGCUGUCUCACUACAGUGGGUAGGGCUGGGAACCCCAUGCUGUGUUCCUGGGAACCCCUGCCUUGUGGCCAUCAUACAUCCGUACAUGGAUGUGGGCUCUAAACCAGAACAGGGCCUCUGCCAAGGAGCUGGAAACAGCCUAGGGAGGCCAGAACGUGACAUGUAGGAGUUACUUUCACGAGUAAAGUAAUAAACCAUGUUUAUCUACUGAUUCAGCUUCGUCAAAUUUACAUCUAACUGAAUGAUGUUGUCUCUAAAAUAUUGCUGUUUUGUUUUAAAAAUAAUGCAUGUGCACUUUAAAAUUUUUGGAAAUAAAAGUGUAUGAAAGAAAAUGAAAUAGUUUUUUCCCCGAAGAUAACUGUGCUUGCUGAGAAGGAUAUGCAGUGUUGCCCCCAGCAGUGGUGGCCACAGUGCAUUGCUGUGUACGUUCAUCUUCAAUUGAGUCGGGAGCC